GCAUGCGAUGGUGGCGUGACACAGCCGCACUCCAGCUCCACCGCACGCGCAUCGCCCGUCGAUGCGUCCGUGCUUUUCAGCUUGUGCUUGCAACCCGAAUCGGAGAGAGAACUAACUGGCAGAUCGGACGGGCGUUUGUUGCACUUGCGUUGCAGAUAAAAAUAAUAACAUUGAACGGAACUCAAGCAUUGCAGUACGGAUCGGAGAGAAGAAAUCUUGCCUUUGCUCGGUUUUGGACCGCUGCUCGUUACACUACAGACUGUGCAGGUAACUAUCGUCGGUGUUCAAGAAGAUUUUGUUUGUAGCGUUUACCGGUCACUGGCAGCUACUUGCUAGUGUUGCGUGGAGAAAAGCGACUAGAAAAUGCUACGGGUGUUAGUGGCAACGUUGCUUCUCGAAGCCCUGCUUCUGCCGGUUUGCCGCUCGCAGCUGACAUGGACAAUAGUACCGCAAGGCACGGCACCUAGGCCAUCCGUGCGAAGUGACUUCGGCUUUGGUUACGAUCCAACCGGAAACUCAGUGUACGUGUUCGGUGGACAGGGCGGCAGCGGGAUCAUGAACGACUUGUGGCGCUUCGAUCUGAGUACGAACUCGUGGGCUGAGGUUAACCCCACCACAAGUGCAAGGCCACCUGUCAGAUUCAGCAUGAUUUCAGGAUUUUACACGCAAGGACCAGACGGACUGUUCGUUAUUUCAACAGGCGAGGGUAGUGGCAAAGUAUUCUACAAUGACAUCUGGGCGUACAACGUGCGUACUGGCGUUUGGACAGAGCUAUCGUCGCAAGGCGAUGUGCCGACAGAGAGAUACGGUGCAGCCGGAGGCCUGCACGUCAACGGUACUGCACUGUACGUAACACACGGCUUCUCAAAUCGGCGAUUCUCCGACACGGUCCGCUACGACUUUUCCGAGAGCAGGUGGAUCACUGAGUUUGGCGGCACUCACGAGUACUCCGCCACGCAGCCGCAUCCACGGUGCCUCCUGGGCAGCACUAUGGCUGGGCCUGAUGAGCCAGUGUUCUUUGGCGGCUGUCUCAGCGGUGGAUUCAGCGGUGGCCCGUGCCCGGCUGCCGACUCCUGGGCGUUUCGCAACUCCAAGUGGGAGCGUAUGGAUGACUGUGCUGCACCUCGGCAAUACUCGGCCAUAGCAAGAUGGCCAGGCCGUAACGGUGAAGUCGUUAUGUUCGGCGGCUUGGAAAAUGACAGGUCCAUCAUUAUGAGCAAGAAGUCGGAAACCAAUGAAGUGGACUAUCUGCAGACUUCCACGGGAACAUGGCGGCGUCUUGUCACAGUUGGCGCAGGCGAUGGGACCGUUCCUGCAUUACGGUCUAGCCAUGGUAUGGUCACAGUAACUAAUGGUAACCCCAAUGGUAUCCUACUCUGGGGCGGCUCUCCCACUAAUGUUAAUGGAGACAAUGUGCAAGAUAUGUGGCUCCUGACUGGUAACCCCGACAUGGCUGGCACUGCGGGAAGUUGCGGUCCUACCUGGUUCCUCUACAUGCAUCUGCACGGUUUCUUCAUGAUUAUCAGCUGGGGAAUUCUACUCAUUGCCGGUGUCUUCAUUGCACGAUAUUUCCGUGACAAGGAUCCACUCUGGUUCAAGCUGCAUCGCGGUAUUCAGAUUGCCGGUGCUUGCCUGUCUCUACUCGGUAUCAUCCUGGUGUUCCCUGGCACUCGUGCGGUGCCCAACUUUGCUCACGGCGUCAUCGGCAUCCUGAUCCUUCUCUUCAGCAUCCAGCAAAUCAUCAACGGCAUUCUGCGUCCACACAAGGGCGAGGGUGAGCCUCCCAAGAAGCGUGUGUAUUGGGAGUACUGGCACAUGUGGGGCGGUCGUCUGUUCCUGGUCCUGGGCGCCAUCAACAUCAGCCUUGGCGUCUAUCUCAUCAUUGCUCCUGUCGCCGUCAUCGCCAUUUGGUUUGUCAUCUUCGUUGCGUGGGUGAUCGCCUUCGUUGUGUUCGAAAUCAAACACCAGCGCAAAUGAAGACUUCCUUUCAUAUCCUAGGUCCAUGACGGUAUAGCUUACCUCGUUGUGCAAGUCUGGUAAGGAGCUUUCUUCUGCUGAUAGUCGUAUACGCAUACACUACAGCGUGUACUGAAUCCCCGAUGUAUCUUAGGAAGUUUUCAUCUUAGAUUUACAAAAAAAUGAAUAUGUCUCAGAGAGUAUAGUUCUAUACAUUUCUACUUUUAACAUUACAAGUACCUUUCUACUUGUGGCAUGACAGGAUAUGUAAUGCAGUUGUGUCCUCAUGAUUUCAAUAACAAACUUGUUUUUUGUAGUGCAGAGCGCAUGUUUCUUUUCUUUUUCUCAGCUCAAAUUGUUCUGUUGCGCCGGGACCUGCCCAUCCUUCUGAUAGUAUUUUUUUGUGGGAGUGCUGUGCUCCUUUUCAUGAUAGCGUAUUCGAUCUGUUGUCUCUGGCGUGCGAUGGCACGUUGCUGAUGCUUGUAUUUGAUUUUCAGCGGCUGUUUACUAGGAAUUUGUAUUUUACAAUGCUCAACUUGUGACUUUGAGUUUGAAGUCUUUUGUUGAGGACAGAGCCGUUGUGCGAAUA